UUGGCGCACCAGGAGCCCAGCGCCCGGCUCCUGGGGGCCCCAGACCGCCUCGCUGCCCAGGGGAGCGGGGCAGGGGAGCCAUGCCCAGGGAGGCUGCAGAAGACGGCGCGGGGAGGGUGGAGGGUGCUGCACCGUCAGAGCCUGCCGACCCCGAGGGGGCUGAUCCCGGAGCCAUCAGCCUGCGCCCCGUGGAGUCCAUCAGCGACCUGCACUGGGCCUCGGCUGGGCACAAGGGCACCGAAGGGAACGGCCCAGCUCCAUCCGGCGCCCGGCUGCACUGCCUGCCCCACAGCCCCCCGCACCUGCCCACGCUGCGCCCCGUGCCGGCUACCACCACUUGCCCUUGCCCCGGCCGCCCCCUCUUCCUCGCCCUCCUGGGCCUCCUGGCACUGGCCAGCCUGGUUCUGGCCACGAUGGCCAUCUACCUGAGCGUGCUGCAGAGCCAGUCGGUGCAGGCGCUGGCCCAGUGGCUGGAGAGCCAGGAGGACACCAUGCAUCAGCUGCGGGCUGCCAGCAGGCAGCUCUGGGCUCACCUCAACGCCAGCGCCGAGCGCCGCUGAGCCGCCCCAGCAGAGGAGGAGCCCCAGCAUUUAUCGCCCCGUCCCGCUCCUCCCUGGCAGCGUCACCCCCAGGGCACACAGGGGCCAGCCUGCCCCUGCCGUGCGCCGUCGGAGAAAGGGAAGGGCCUGCAAGGACGGGCACCUGCCCCGGCCCUUCCUCCACGAGGCAGAAGGCACCCUCCCAUUAAUUACCUCCUCUAAUCAAGUCUUAGAAAAUCACCACCGCAACCACAUUCCCGGGGUGGCCGGUGCUGCCAGCAGGCACAGCCCCAGCCCAGCCCAGCUGCAGCAGUGCCUGGGGAGCGGCGCCAGCCCGACCCUGGGAGGCACAGGCAGCACUGGGGCCCCUGUGCCACCCACCCGGCACUUGUGUCCCGCAAGAGGACUAUGCCACG